GCACCAAAGCGGAAAGCUGGAGCCAAUCAGGACACGCAGCAAGCGUGCACGGCCCCAACUCCGAGCAAGCUAGCGUGAACUGGAACAACCACCGCACAGCGAGCGCAUCGCUGCAAUUGACAAUCGACACCAUCAGACCUGCUCCGAGCCAUUGGCAUCGCGGCACCACCAACGCCAAGGCAUGUACACAUCUGCGUUCGACAUUGACCAUCUACCCCGCCGAAGCUGACCAAAGCGCAGAUGCUGUCUCGCCGGGUCAUGCGGGCGUCGCCGUUUCGAGCGGCGGCGCUGCCGGCUGCCGCCCGACGACUUCCCUUCAUCCAGCAGCGCGGCUUCCUUCCCGAGUCCAUGGCCGGACGAUCCAAAAUCGACGAGAAAUACCCCGAUUCCGACUACCCAACGCUCUCGCCGGAGGAGGACCCGGACAUGAACGGCGGCUACAUCAACCCCCCGCGUAUCAAGCGCCAAUUCCGCGAUCCCCAUGCCGACUGGUGGGACAAGCAGGAGCGCAGGAACUUUGGCGAGCCGGUGCACGAGGACCACGAUAUCCUGGGCAUGUUCUCGCCGUACGAGUACACGUGGAUUACCCCGGGCAAGGGCCUGUUCCAGAUCGGCGUCUUCGUUGCCGUCUUCCUCAGCGUGUGCUACGCCGUCAAGUUGACGUACCCGGACCGGGCCAGCUACCCACGGGAAUUCGAGGGUGGCUUGGAGAGGGAACUGGGCGGACCUGGAGGCGUCAGGGCCAGAAUGCCGGGUGACCCGGACCCGUGAACACGACGGUAGAUGGUGUGUAUAUAUCCGAGUAGCCAGCUAACAAUGUUCAAUCGAGCUCCUUUGUCACGUCGGCUUGACCUGGCUUUGUGAAGCACCGUAUGGUGCUCGAGUGCUCGAGUCGAGGUCUACUUGGGGUGCGCCGGGGAGGGUGAGGAGGAAGGGGGAUUCGAAGGAAUGCACUCAGCAGAACAAUUUUGCUGGAAACGAGUCUGUGGCAGGAGCCCAUCCCGGUUCUUUAGGGCCUGGGUGCAGCAAGCGCCGCCAUCAUUUUUUCCCCACCAAGAGCUUUUACGCCCGGCCUAGAAAGAAGCACCAACUAGGUGCGGACGGGCAACCAAAUGCGAGCGCUGGCGC